AUGUUUAUCAAAAAUAUUAUAAUAUCAGGGUUUCGCUCGUAUCGUGAGCAAUCUUUUCCUGAUGGUCUUUCUCCCAGAACAAAUGUAAUUGUUGGGAAAAAUGGAUCUGGGAAAUCAAACUUUUUCGCAGCAGUGCAGUUUGUACUUAGUGAAAGAUUUUCAAACCUCAGCGCUGCUGAGCGUAAAGAACUUUUUCACGUUGGUAGCGGCCGACCAUCGCUUUCAAUUUUUGUGGAAAUUGUGUUCGACAACUCAGAUGGCCGCUUGGUGAUUCCAGGACGAGCUGAAGAAGUAGAAGUACGGAUCCGUCGAACAGUCGGUCUAAAGCAGGAUGAAUUUCGAGUUAAUGAUCGCAAGUUUUCUUCCAAUGAGGUGCAUCAGCUGCUAGAAAGCGCUGGAUUUUCAUCGAGCAAUCCAUACUACAUUGUUGAGCAAGGCAAAAUAACAUAUUUAGUCAGCAUGAGUGAAGCGGAACGAUAUCAGAUAAUCAAGGAUAUUGCUGGGACUAAGGUUUAUGAGGCACGACGCGACGAAAGCAAGCGUAUUCUCGAGGAAACAGAAUUGAAGCAGGAACAAAUUAACCACUCCAUUUCACAACUAGAGGAAAAACUGCGAGAGCUGGAGAAGGAAACUGCUGAACUAAAGGAGUUCCAGGAUGCCGAACACGAGAAAAAGUGUUUAGAGUAUUGUAUCUUCAAUUUGGAGCUGGAAAACGCUAAGGAGGGGCUGAUGAAGUUGGAAAAUGAAUGGACUUCUAAGAAAACUACUCUUUCUAAGAACCAAGAGUCAGAAAGCUUAGCCGAGCAAGAAAUUCAGACGUGUGAGGAACAACUUGCAGAAAUUGGUCGCCUUAUUACCCGCCUAGAAGCUGAAAGGGUGUCAAUCGAAAAAGAAAUUUCUGCUUUGAACACUAAACAAACUGUUGUGGAGCUAGACGCGAAUGAUGGGGCAAACAGUUUGUAUCGUGCUGAUAAAGAAUAUGAAGCACUCUUAAAGGAAAACAGCGACUUGGAUAAUGCACUCGCAAAGGCCAGGAAUAAUGCACUACAGAAACGACAGAUGUUCAAAAAAAGUGAAACCAUUGCUAUUGAGAGUCUUGCAGAAGUAGACAGAAUGCAAAAAUUGGUUGACCGUAUGCAGGAAAAAAGAAAUCGCAAUAAACUCUUCAAGAGUCAGGCUGAGCGCGAUAGAUGGAUAGCGAAGGAGAUCUCAAAAAAUAAAGAGAUAAUUGAUAACGCAAGGUCUGAGCUUCAGUCCGUUGAAAAGGAAAUCAUUUCUCUGGAUGAAGCUAUAAAGGUAAGGAAAAAUACGAAGGAUACUUCUCAUUCGGUGGAAAAAGUGGAAAAGGAUCUGGCGAUACGCGAGGAUAAAAUAACUGAUGCAUUGAGGAAGCGAAAUGAACUUAAUCUGAAGAGGCGUCAGCUUUGGCAGGUCGUUCAUGAGCAAGAAAAUGUUUCUAAACAGCUUGAAGAGUCAUUGGAAAGAACACGACAACAGAUAGAACGAAAUAUCUCUUACGAGAUCCGUCAGGGGCUUCAGUCACUCCAAGAGGUCCUGAAGGAAAUGGACCCAAAUAUUCGAAAGUCCGUUCAUGGUCCUCUUAUCGAUCUUAUUACGGUAGAGGAUGGCUUCAACACCGCAGUUGAAAUUAUAGCUGGGAAUGCUCUUUUCAAUGUGGUUGUUGACACAUUUGACAUUGGUGCAAUGGUGCUAGAAAAAAUGAACAAGAGUCGAAAACCAGGUCGCAUUUCUUUUUUUCCGCUCGAUAUCUGUAAAGGUGUAAAGAAAAACAUACCAGAAACACCAGAAUGCUCUUCGAUUCUUUCAAAAAUUUCAUUUGAUGAUCGCUUUUCUCGGGUUGUGACGGAAGUAUUCGGAAGGGCUGCCGUGGUUGUGUCACUGGAGGCAGGUUUGAAAUUCGUAAAAGAGUUAAGUUGCGAUGUUAUCACGCUAGACGGUGACCAGCUUGGAAGAAAGGGUGCAAUAACCGGUGGGUUUAUCGAUAAGCGGAACAUGAAACUUCCAGUUUAUGCAAAAGAAAAGAACCUAGCCGUAGCCCUUUCAGAGGCACGAAAAAAAUUGGAUAAUUUGUGCCAAGAGGUUGCUUCAGUUGAGCAAACUAUUACAGAAGUUUUAAAUGAAUUGGAAUUGCUACGUGCACAAAAUGUUUCAAUUGAGAGGAGAGCAGAUGAAGAAUUUCGCGAGGCACGACAACGAGAGGAGCACAUUUUACGUCUCAGCUCUCAGAAAGAAACCCUUUUACUUACGAAACGCACAUUGGAGAGGAACAUUCAGGAAUCUCUUGAAAUGAAUGACCGCUUACUAGAGGAGUCGAAAGAUAAAUUUAAGAUCAAUUGGACGGAUGAAGAGGAAUUAGAGCUAGAAAAGUUAUCUGAAGAACUCGCUUCGAUGAAAAUUAAAUCCGCAUCCAUGCAAGCACAGCCAGUUCACUUAGCAACUGAAGCUCAGCUCAUGGAGGACACGGUCCAACAUAUGGAGCGCAGAAAAGUGAUGAUAGGUAACCGUAUUCGAGAAAUUGGAUGGUCCAAGCGCACAACACACGGUCUUGAUCGCGAGCGUGACUCACUCAAGCAUGAGUCCACUUUACUGAAUGAUCGUUUGAGUGCAAUCAAGAAAUCUAUCGAUACAUCAACUCGACGAAAACAAGAGGUUCAAAAAAAAAUGGAAAGUCUUAGUUUGAAUCGUCUUUCCGCAGCAUUAUCCCUUCAAGAAAAAGAGGACUUAAUCGAUAAGACACAAGUCCAGCGGAACCUCCUCCUCCAAAGACGAGAGGAAGCCUUGAACAAACUUCGCAAACUAGGUGUAGUUCCAAAGGGUUCAGAGAAGUAUGCAAAGUUUUCUCUUGGUAAGCUGAUGCAUCAUCUUAAAGGUGUUAACGAUCGUUUGAAAAAGUGCUCUCAUGUGAAUCGAAAAGCUAUUGACCAGCACACUGCUCUUCAGCAAUCCAGUAAUGAGUUGCUUUUGCAACGAAACUCACUUGAGGAGGAACUGAAAAGUAUUUACGACUUAAUAAAUCACCUUGACAUGAAAAAAGAUGAAGCGAUUGAGCGUACUUAUAAACAAAUUCAGUAUCAAUUCGAAGAAGUAUUUAAGGAGCUCGUUGGGUCAGAGGAUACCUAUGCGGAGCUGCAACUGGUACGAAGUAGCUCAGACAAAGACGAGGACCCAUACUGUGCAGCGCGUAUUCGCGUAUCGUUUGGUAUGGGCACCAUUGUAAGUGAACUUGAACAACUGAGCGGUGGUCAAAAAUCACUGGUUGCGUUAACCUUUAUCUUCGCUAUUCAACGCUGUGAUCCUGCCCCAUUUUACCUUUUCGAUGAGAUCGAUGCGGCCUUGGAUGCGGAGUAUCGCACAGCUGUUGCAAAUAUGAUACAGAAGCAAUCGGAAGAGUGUCAAUUCAUUAUUGCCACUUUUAAAACUGAAUUUCUUUCAAGAGCGGAAAAGGUCCUCGGAAUUUUUUUCCAUAAUAAGGUUAGUCGUAUUCAAACCAUUUCGAUGGAGGAGGGAAUAAAAAUGCUAAAACAAGUAGCAUUAGCGGACCGAAAGCGCGGUCGAGAUGUGGAACAUCAUGAUCAGAUUUCAAAUGGUUAA